GGUUUGCCCGAGAGUUCCACCAGGCCAUGGAAGUGGAAGCGGUGACCGUGUACCACGGCAAAAUCAGCCGCGAGACUGGGGAAAAGCUCUUGCUCUCCACCGGGCUGGAUGGCAGCUAUCUGCUGAGGGACAGUGAGACCCUGCCAGGCGCGUACUGCCUGUGUGUGCUGUACCAAGGUUACAUUUAUACAUACCGAGUAUUCCAGUCAAAAACAGGUUCUUGGAGUGCUGAGACAGCUCCUGGGGUACAUAAAAGAUUUUUCCGGAAAAUAAAAAAUCUCAUUUCAGCAUUUCAGAAGCCAGAUCAAGGCAUUGUAAUACCUCUGCAGUAUCCAGUUGAGAAAAAGAAGCCCCCUGCUAGAACUACAUCAGGUACUCCAGGGAGAAGAGAAUAUCCUGCUGUAUACCUGAAAGCACCAUGA